AUGAUCUGUUUCGCAAGUCUGCAGUCUGCAAUGGUUGUCGAACGUUACGUAGCCUUGUAUAAGCGGAAGGAUUAUGAAAUGUUUGGUAAUAAGUUGGGCAUAAGCCUCACAAUCAUCUCGAUCUUUAUUGCCUUCGCUAGUACUGCCUGGACAUUCCGAAGACAAGAGUUCUCAGCAAAACCUUAUUGUGCUUCAACCACACCGCUUACUUUGAUGAGAAUAUCGGUCGUGAGUAUAGCUCUUUGUGGCGUGAAUUUAGCCACAGCAGCUGGAGUCGCAAUAUUGCUCAUCAGCAAUCGUUUCGCCGUGAAUAGGCUUCUUUUACCGCUUACAGUAUUCCAAAAUAUAUCUUAUGCUUUUUUCACUAUAUCAUCUGCUGUACUUUCUCUUUUGCCAGAUUAUUUCACUUAUGUCACUUUCCGAAUUUUGUUCACUCUCGCCUAUAUAGUACCCUUUCACACGCUGUUUUCUUCGGUCAUCAUUUGGUUAAUCAUAUUGAACUCGCAGCGUUUGAAAGCAUGCAAACUCACGCAGGUCACUCAAGGAAAUGACAACAAAGAAGAAGCUUACUUCAGCGCGUAUCUUAAAAUGUGGCGUUGAUA